AUGACUAUAACUUUGCUAAUUCCUAAUGAAUAUCAUGUUUAUCCAAAUUCAAGACAUAGGCUAUGUCUAUGGCAUUUGCAAAAGAAUUUUGUAUCACAUUUUGGAACUUUAAAAAACAACCCUGAAUUCAAGAAUAUGUUUCACAAGUGCUUAAGUGGGUGUGAUUUAGAAUCAGAAUUCGAAGAUGUCUGGAACAAGAUGGUUAAAAAAUAUGGAUUAGAAAAAAAAGAGUGGUUUGAUAGGUUGUUCGGGCUACGAGAAAAAUGGUGCACUGCUUUGAGCAAGGAUAUUUUCUCUGCGGGAAUCCUUUCAUCUCAAAGAGUAGAAGUAAUAAACAGAGCAAUUUCAUUUAAGGCUAACAGAACCACUAAACUUUUGGAGUUCUUCCAUAUAUUUGAAGCUACUGUGAGAAGCACUGAAAAGAGUGACAACUUCAGAUGUACUACUGAGAAACCAAAAAUAAAAACAAAAAUCUUAAAACAUGUUGCUGAAGUUUAUACUCUGAACUUAUACAAGGAUUUUAAGUUGGAAUUUGAGACCAGCCUAGGAGCAUAUGCAAAGGAAAAGCCAACUUCAAUGCAAUACAUCAAAUUAUUUGAUGUUUUUCUUGAUGAAGAUUAUAUGCACACCUAUCAAGUCAUAUAUCACUGUCAAAACAAUGAAUUUAUGUGUUCUUGUAUGUGUUUCACAGAGACUGGAUUGCUGUGCUUUCACAUUAUCAAGAUAAUGAAAAUGUACAACAUACAUUCUAUACCAGAGAGAUACAUUCUGAAACGUUGGACCAAGCUUGCUAAAUCAAGGAUAUGGGAUGAGAAUGAAUCAGAUAUUAUUAUUUCUGAUAUAAAAUCAGAUUUAUUACAAACAUAA